AUGGCUGGCUUAGAUAAUCAGUACAAUGAUUCUCAACGUGAAUGUCUCUCCCUUCAUCUCGGCCAAGCCGGUGUCCAGAUGGGCAAUGCUUGUUGGGAGUUAUUUUGUCUUGAACAUGGCAUCCAGCCUGAUGGUCAGAUGCCCUCAGACAAGACCAUCGGAGGUGGUGAUGACUCCUUCAACACCUUCUUCAGUGAGACUGGAGCUGGCAAACAUAUACCAAGAGCAGUUUAUGUGGAUCUAGAGCCUACAGUCAUUGAUGAAGUUCGAACCGGUACUUACCGUCAACUUUUCGGUCCCGAACAACUAAUAACCGGUAAGGAAGAUGCUGCCAACAACUACGCCCGUGGUCAUUACACGGUCGGCAAGGAGAUCAUUGACCUCGUCCUCGACAGGGUUAGGAAGCUGGUAUGUAUCGAUAAGCGCUGA